GUGGGGCACGGCUCCUGUCGCCGGAGAUCUCAUAUAACCUGCUUCCAUCAUGGGAGAAAUAGAGCAGAAGCCAACUCCAGGAGCAAGACUGGGGGCCCCGGAGAAUUCGGGGAUCAGUACCUUGGAACAUGGACAGAAGCCGCCCCCAACACCGUCAGGGAAACUCAUGUCCAUCAAAAUCCAGAUGCUGGAUGACACCCAGGAGGCUUUUGAAGUUCCACAAAGAGCCCCCGGGAAAGUGUUGCUGGAUGCUGUUUGCAACCACCUCAACCUCGUGGAGGGCGACUAUUUUGGCCUCGAGUUUCCCGACCAUAAAAAGAUCACGGUGUGGCUGGAUCUCUUAAAACCUAUUGUCAAGCAGAUUAGAAGGCCAAAGCAUGUUGUUGUGAAGUUUGUGGUGAAGUUCUUUCCGCCUGACCAUACACAACUGCAAGAAGAGCUCACCAGGUACCUGUUUGCUCUGCAGGUGAAGCAGGACCUGGCUCAGGGCCGGCUGACGUGUAACGACACCAGCACUGCGCUUUUGAUCUCGCACAUUGUACAGUCUGAGAUCGGGGAUUUUGAUGAAGCAUCAGACAGAGAGCACUUAGCAAAAAAUAAGUAUGUACCUCAGCAGGAUGCGCUAGAAGACAAAAUUGUGGAAUUUCACCAUAACCACAUUGGACAAACACCAGCAGAAUCGGAUUUCCAGCUCCUGGAGAUUGCCCGCCGGCUGGAGAUGUACGGGGUCCGGCUGCACCCGGCCAAGGACAGGGAAGGCACCAAGAUCAACCUGGCUGUUGCCAACACUGGGAUUCUAGUGUUUCAGGGCUUCACUAAGAUCAACGCCUUCAACUGGGCCAAGGUGCGGAAAUUGAGCUUCAAGAGAAAGCGCUUCCUCAUCAAGCUGCGCCCGGACGCCAAUAGCUCGUACCAGGACACCUUGGAAUUCCUCAUGGCCAGUCGAGACUUCUGCAAGUCCUUCUGGAAGAUCUGUGUUGAGCAUCAUGCUUUUUUUAGACUGUUUGAAGAGCCCAAACCCAAACCAAAGCCCGUCCUCUUCAGUCGAGGUUCAUCGUUCCGAUUCAGCGGCCGGACACAGAAGCAGGUUCUUGACUAUGUUAAAGAAGGAGGACAUAAGAAGGUGCAGUUUGAAAGGAAACACAGCAGGAUCCACUCCGUCCGAAGCCUGUCCGCGCAGCCCGUGGAGCUGAACUCAGAAGUGCCAAAGCAAGCCCUGCAGAGCGCCAGCUCCACCCUCAGAGACGGCGCCGAGUCCCCGGGGGCCCAGCGCGGCCGGCGGACCCAGGAGCCGCUCGCGUCCCAGGACCCGGGCAGGCCGCCCGCCAGCCCCGCUCCACGCCGCAGCCCAGGGGGUAACAAGCAGGCCGACGGAGCCGCCCCGGCCACGCCGGAGGAAGAGGAGGAGGUCGUUAAGGAUAGGACCCAGCAGAGUAAAGCUCAGCCCCCGCAGCCAAGCACAGGCUCCCAGACGGGCAGUCCUCACUUGUCAGAGCUGUCCAUCAGCUCACAGGGAGGAGCUCUGCCGCCCCACGUCAUCCUGUCUCCCACUCUGAGCCCCAACACCAAGCAGGCGUCGCCCCUGGUCAGCCCGCUGCUCAACGACCAGGCGUGCCCCCGGACCGAUGACGAGGAGGAGGGCCGCCGCAAGCGGUUCCCAACCGACAAGGCGUACUUCAUUGCCAAGGAGGUGUCCACCACCGAGAGGACUUACCUGAAGGACCUUGAAGUGAUCACCUCGUGGUUUCAAAGCACAGUGAGCAAAGAGGACUCCAUGCCCGAAGCUUUGAAGAGCCUCAUCUUCCCGAAUUUUGAACCUUUGCACAAAUUUCACACAAAUUUUCUCAAGGAGAUCGAGCAGCGACUGGCCGUGUGGGAAGGCCGAUCCAACACCCAACUCAAAGAUUACCAAAGAAUCGGGGACGUCAUGUUGAAGAACAUCCAGGGCAUGAAGCAACUGGUGGCUCACCUGUGGAAGCACAGCGAGGCCUUGGAGAUGCUGGAGACCAGCAUCCGGAACUCCCGGCGGCUUGAGAACUUGUGCAGGGACUUUGAGCUGCAGAAGGUGUGCUACCUGCCGCUCAACACCUUCCUCCUGCGCCCGCUGCACCGGCUCAUGCACUACAAGCAGGUGCUGGAGCGGCUGUGCAAGCACCAGGUGCCCGGCCAGGCCGACUUCCGGGACUGCCGAGCGGCCCUGGCAGACAUCACGGAAAUGGUGGCCCAGCUUCACAGUACGAUGAUCAAGAUGGAGAAUUUCCAGAAGCUACAUGAGCUCAAGAAGGAUUUGAUUGGCAUCGACAAUCUUGUGGUUCCAGGGCGGGAGUUCAUCCGCCUGGGCAGCCUCAGCAAGCUCUCGGGGAAGGGGCUGCAGCAGCGCAUGUUCUUCCUGUUCAACGACGUGCUGCUGUACACGGGCCGGGGGCUGACGGCCUCGAACCAGUUCAAGGUGCACGGGCAGCUCCCCCUGUACGGCAUGACGAUCGAGAAGACCGAGGACGAGUGGGGCGUCCCCCACUGCCUUACCCUCCGGGGCCAUCGGCAGUCCAUCGUCGUGGCCGCCAGUUCUCAGUCCGAGAUGGAGAAGUGGGUGGAGGACAUUGAGAUGGCCAUCGACCUGGCCGAGAAGAGCAGCGGCCCCACGCCCGAGUUCCUUGCCGGCAGCCCCCCCGACAGCAAGUCCCCCGAGGAGGCGGGGGUGGCCGACCAGGAGUCGGAGGACGACCUGAGCGCCUCCCGCACGUCGCUGGAGCGCCAGGGCCCGCACCGUGGCAACACCAUGGUGCACGUGUGUUGGCAUCGCAACGCCAGCGUCUCCAUGGUGGACUUCAGCGUGGCCGUGGAGAAUCAGCUGUCGGGGAACCUGCUGAGGAAAUUCAAAAACAGUAACGGGUGGCAGAAGCUGUGGGUGGUGUUCACCAACUUCUGCCUGUUCUUCUACAAGUCGCACCAGGACAAUCACCCCCUCGCCAGCCUGCCUCUGCUCGGGUACUCGCUCACCAUUCCCUCGGAGUCGGAGGAGAUCCACAAAGAUUAUGUGUUCAAGCUGCAUUUCAAGUCCCACGUGUACUACUUCAGAGCCGAGAGCGAAUACACCUUCGAGAGGUGGAUGGAGGUGAUCCGAAGUGCCACGUGCUCGGCCUCCCGCGCCCACGUGCCCAUCCCCAAGGAGGCUCACGCGUACUGACUCGGGGCGCGGCGCGGCGGCCCCACCCCCACCCCGGAUGCUGCCGCCUUCCCUGUGCGGUCACGAGGCCUAGUACAACGCACGCCUGUCUGGGAAACCGCCGGGGUCCGCAGCCAGGCCCCCUGCGGCCAGCCGUUUUUUAGCUUGUGCCAGUGUUAAAACGUCGUCCUCGAUCGAGUGCCAAGUGACAGGGGCGCGGCCGGGCCCCCCGAGCCGUGCAGGCACGACCGUCACCCCAGCCAGACAGGGCAAGUGCUCCGUUUUUCUUAAAGAGACUUCUUACUUUGAUUUAUAGGCUGCUGCAUUUAAAAAAAAAAAAAAAAAAAAAAGGACUUUCCAGUGUUUGCCACGCACCUGGCACAGUCUUACAGCAAAUGAGAUCAUUUUCCGAUUUCGUUUUUUUCAAUCUUUCUACUUUUAUAACGACUAGGCUAGCGGGACUGACUUCCUUGGCGCAUAAGCACUUCGACACUCCGCUGCAGGUGCGUGCUCCAGCCCGGCGCUGGCCGCAGACCCCUCUUCCUGGUGCAAGUUGACCAAAUUUGUGUCCGUGAUUCCUAUUUACAAACCGUAGCGGGCGGCUUUCCGUGGAGAGAAGCGGGCGCCCCGUGCGUGGUGUGGACAGUGGGCAGGUACUGAGCUGUGGUGUUUUGCUGUCUGUUUCACGAGCAUGAAGCCUGUACGUCAGUAAUGAGCAGGGCCGUUUGUGGUGUUCGUCCAGGGAGGGCCGUGAGCGCACUGGGGCGUGGCUCGUAGUAGUAGUGAAUGUCGUGCCUGUUCAGAGCAACCUCCCUUCUCCUCUUUAAACUCAUCCCCGUGCGUGGGGCCGCACAUCGUGGCCGUCGGGCUCCGCAGGGGCGCGGCUGCUGGUAUCCGCGGGGCCGGGAGGCCCUGGCCCGGUGGCUGGUGCUGCAUACUCCCGCAAGGCCUUUCUGGGGGGCGCCCCCCUCCUGCCCUGGGCCUCCGUGGGAAGGCCGCUGACCCUCCGGGAGGCGCAGGGCGACCCCGACAGCUGUGACUGGUGACCAUGGAAACGAUGUACCAAUGGACCAGUAGCUUGAGAUGUGUUAAUCAUUUGCCUUACAAUAUGUACCAGAUGGUUUUAAGUACUAACAAAAAGGGAAUAAAAAUACCUCACGCCACAAUCCAGCAUAUUGAAGUUUAAAGGCAAAA